AUGUUUUUGGCUUUUGACAUCAAAAGAGGUGGUAAACGUAUUGAUAAUCGAGCUGUUGUGAAGAAAGACUGGAUUAUUGAGUUGCCUGACGUUUUGAUUGUGAAGAUAUUGUCUCUGCUUCCUACAAAGUCUGCCAUAGCUACGAGUGUUUUGUCUAAAAAAUGGCAGUUUCAUUGGACAAUGUUGCCCAAACUCAGUUUUAAUAAUUGCAAUCACACAACUGAACGAGGGACGUUUUCAAAGAAUGUUUGCAAGGUUUUGCUUUCCCAUAAAGCUCCCGUUCUAGAGAGUUUAAAUCUCAGUUUUAGUCCAUACAACUGUGAAGAUAUGGAUAUUGAAACGUGGAUUGAAAUUGCAAACGCAAGACAUAUCAGAAACUUGGUACUCGAUGUUGAGUGCAAGUCAUUUUAUUACAGCUUUCCUAAAAGCUUGUAUCACUGUGAAUCACUGAAGACCUUGAUACUCAAGCUUCUGGUUUACGUAAAUGUCCCUUCUAAAGUUUGUCUGAAGUCCCUUAAAACUCUUCAUCUUCACUCUGUGUACUUCGGAGACAAAGCAUCGUUGGUUCACUUUUUAUCUGGUUGCCCUAAUCUUGAAAACUUGUUGUUGGGUCUUCGUGGAUACUUCUCCGGAGUGGAGGUGACUCAGAGUACUAUUUCGGUGCCAUCGUUACAAAGACUAUCUAUUUAUGUUUAUAGUAUCUAUGGUAGAACAAUGGGUUGUGGCUAUGUGAUCGAUGCUCCUUCUUUGAAAUACUUGAAGAUUGAAGGGGAACAUUGUCUCAAGUUUCGUCUGACUAAGAAUGUGACGAAGCUAGAGGAGGCAGAUAUCGUUGACGCCUCUCAUACAAUUAAUGAGAAUCUUCUGAGAUCUUUAACUUCUGUUAGACGUCUUUCCUUGGAACUAUUACCCUUGAAGGAGUUUAAGUUUCCUACUGGUAGCAUCUUCAACCAAUUGGUGUAUUUGGAGAUAUAUACAACUACGAACGCAUGGUGGGAUCUGUUAACUUUCAUGCUCGAUAGUUCUCCUAUAUUGCAAGUCCUCAAGCUCAUUAAUACUCAGAAACGAGAUGGUUGGAGACAAGGUUUAAAGGCUAAUAGGAAAUGGAAGCAGCCAAAGAAUGUUCCUGAAUGUUUGCUGUUUCAUCUCGAGACGUUCAUGUGGACAGGCUCCGACGAAGGUCUAGUAGAGGAGGAGAAAGAAGUUGCGAAAUACAUUCUAAUGAACACAAACCUUUUGGAGAGAGCAAGUUUCUCCUCAAUACGCAUGAGUUCUGAAGAUAGGCUUGAGCUGGAGAGUGUGCAAAGGAGAGACGGUGGCAAUAUGAACGAAGAUAGGAUCAGUAAGUUGCCGGACGUUUUGAUUCUGCAGAUACUGUCUCAACUUCCUACAAAAUCUGCCGUAGCCACAAGUGUUUUGUCUAAACAAUGGCAGUUUCUUUGGAAGAUGAUGCCUCAACUCAAGUUUGAUUCUUGCGAUCACAAAGGUGAAGUCGGGACAUUCUCAGAUAAUGUUUGCAACUCUUUGCUUUCUCAUAAAGCUCCGUUUCUAGAGAGUUUUCAUCUCAGUUUUAAUGUAGACACUUGUGAUGCUAUGGAUAUUGGAGUGUGUAUUGGAAUCGCACGCGCACAACAUGUGCGUAAGUUGGUACUCGAUAUUGAAUCUAAGAGAGAGUCUGCUUUAAUACUUCCCAGCAGCAUGUGUAACUGUGGAAUACUAGAGACCUUGACACUCAAGGGCUUUAUUUAUCUACGUGAUCCUUCUCAAGGUUUUCUGAAGUCCCUUAAAACUCUGCAUCUUUACCCAGGGAAGAGCCAUACAUGGACAUUGAUUAAUACCUUUUUGUCUGGUUGCCCUAAUCUUGAAAAUUUGUCCAUGCAUCUACAUGGUGCCUCCCUAAUGAAGACUCGCACUAUUCCGAUGGCAUCCGUACAGAGACUGUCGAUUUAUUGUGGCCGUCAUGGUUUACAUAAUUGUGGCUAUGUGUUAAAUGCUCCUUCUUUGAGAUACUUGAAGAUUGUAGGGAGUUGUCGUUGUUGGUUUGGACGUGCGUUUGAGAAUGUGACGACACUGGUGGAGGCAAAAAUCAGUCACGUCUCUAAGGUAAUGGAUGAGAAGUUUCUGAGGUCUCUAACUUCAGUCAAACGCCUUUCCUUGAAGAUAUUACAUUAUAAGAUUACGUUUUCUACCGGUAUCAUCUUCGACCAACUAGUAUGUUUGGAGAUAUAUACAAGUCAAGAAGCAUGGUGGAAUCUACUUACUUCCAUGCUCGCUACUUCUCCUAAAUUGCAAGUCCUCAAGCUCAUCAAUUCUAAUAAGGAAAGGGUUUGGCGAAAGAAUAGGACACUGAAUCAACCGGAUUAUAAUUUUACUACAUGUUUGUUGUUUCAUCUGGAGACAUUCAUGUGGAGUGGCUACAACAAAUUCCUAGUAAAAGAGGAGAAGGAAGUGGCUAAUUACAUUCUAGCGAACGCUUACCGUUUGAAGAAAGCAACUUUCUCCAUAAACAAUACAAGAUCUGGAGAUAGAGGUGAGCUGAUCAAGGAAUUGAAGAGUGUGGUAAGGCGUUCAAAUUCAUGUGAACUUCUGUUCAAAUGA